AUGAAGGUCCUCAUUACUGGCGCUGCGGGCUUUGUGGGCCAAAAUCUGGCCAAGGCUUUACUAAACGACGAGACCGGAAAGUACUCUGUUGUCUUGACAGACGUGAUCGAGCCACCCGUGCCCCAGAAUGUCAAGUGGCCCAAGCAGGCCCAGACGAUCAAGGCUGAUCUCAUCAGCCAAUCACAAGAUGUCGUCAGCAAAGAUCUGAAUGCUGUCUACGCCUUCCAUGGAAUCAUGUCAUCAGGGUCCGAGGCCAACUUUGAUCUUGGUAUGAAGGUCAACUUUGACGCCACUCGGGCUCUUGUGGAAACACUCCGCCAGACUUGCCCCGGCGUGAAGCUCCUAUACACCUCCAGCCAGGCCGUCUACGGUGGCGAGUUCGUCGAGCCCAUGACGGAAGACAUGCGCCCAACCCCCCAGAGCUCCUACGGAUGUGAGAAGAUGAUGUGCGAGUAUCUGAUCAACGAAUAUCACCGUCGCAGCUGGCUCGACGCCCUCAUCUUCCGUCUCCCCACAAUCUCAGUCCGAGCUGGCAAGCCUACCGCUGCCGCCUCGUCUUUCCUUUCUGGCAUGAUCCGCGAGCCCAUGCAGGGUCUGCCGUGCGUCAUUCCCAUUGAGAACCGGGCAUUUAAGCAUUGGCUAUGCUCCCCGCGUAUGCUUAUUCAGAACCUCGUCCAUGCGUUGAGCGUUGCUAGGGAUUCGUUGCCUGACUAUGAUCGGGUCGUCAACUUGCCAGGUAUUGGAGUCACUGUUCAGGAUAUGAUGGACUCCCUGGCACGUGUUGGAGGAGAGGACAAGCUCAAAUAUCUCUCCGAGAAGGAGGAUCCUCUUGUCAAGCCCAUCCUCUACUCUUGGCCCACUACGUUUGACAACACAAAGGGCUUUGGUCUGGGAUUCCAAAAAGAUGACUCUUUUGAUGACAUUGUGCGAGAUUUCAAGGCAACUUUGGAUUCGAACUAA